AUGGAAUAUUGUUCAGUAUGAUGAAGUCUUCUCUACCCUUCCAACUUCUUCUACAUUUGGGUUCCUACUACCUCGCACUGUUCUCCAUAGUUGAGUUUCUUCUGCUAAUCUACAAAACUAUUAUACUACCCUACCCUUCAGGAAAUAUUGCUGCUGAGAGUAUACUUCUUGUUCUACUGGUCCUGGUUGAGAUAUCAAGGAUUAGCAGUGGAUGGAAAGGAAACCUAACCGAGAACUCAGGUUCUAUGAUAAUUUCUACUGUUCUGAUCAUUCCAUCUGUCCUGGCUGUACUGUACUUCCUUCUCUGGCAAACAUAUGUACUUAGGUUGGAAGUUAUAAUGUGUGCUGUUCAGCUUUCUAUUCAAGGAUUUCAACUGAUUUUGGGAUUCAUCUGUAUUCUCACUUUUUCAAGGGGAUACUAAUAAGCUGAAGAAAAAAAUGUUUUAAAUGUUAAAAAUGUGAUUUUUUUAAAGAAAACAUGGAAGUAUUGUCUUCUUGAUUGAAAGCACAAUUCUACAUAAGGGUUGAGGGGGGGCCGACCCCCAUUUUUAAUUCAGGAGAGGGUAUUUACAUUUUUUUAAAAGAUGUCUUCACCGUCGAUCCCAAGCCUAAGUAAUAUAGAUAUUGGUUAACAACCCCCCCCCCCACACAAAAACAAAAAACUUCCCUGUUGCGUAUUUUUUCUUUGUGCAGUACUUGCAUUUAGAUAUUGUAAUUUUUCCAUCGAAAUAUUGUUUAUUUUGUUUUUUGUCUUGAUAAAAUAAACAGAUAAUUUGUA